UUGGAGUCUCGUCCAAUAAUUUCACUCCCGUCUAAUCACCUCCAGCUCCUUUUGCUUCUACUUUUAGACUCCUUUUCCAAACAAAACUAUAGCUCAAGAUAAUCAGAAACCAUUAGCAGAACACAAUUGCAGUGUCAGUAUUAAGAUUUCUUUGAUGGGCUUUAACCACUUUCUUCAAUGGCGACUUACCCUCUCAGCUUCUCCUUCUUCUUCAUCUCUUCAUCUCUUUGUAUUCUUUUGAUGCUUUGUCGCCGUCCCAUCACUCGUUUUCAUCUUCUUCUCAUUUUUCUUCACUCUCUUUUAUAACCCACUUCUUUCCUCCUUUUUUUUUCGUUCUUUGUUGGAAUUGGAAGAGUUCGGAUUUUUUUGUACGGAUUUUGGUGAUGGCAUCGGUGUUCAUAUACCAUGUGGUGGGAGAUCUGACGGUGGGGAAGCCGGAGCUGACGGAGUUUUGUGAGACGGAGACGCUGGAGACGGCGAUUAAGGCGAUUGGGGACUCGACGGAGUGUGGAAUUCCGGUGUGGAAGAAGAAAUCGCUGGUGGGGAUUGAGAAUAAUGAGAUGAGGCAACAGAGGUUUGUGGGUAUUCUUAAUUCUUUUGAUAUUGUUUCGUUUUUGGCUAAAGCUGAGUUUUUGGAGGAUCAAGAUAAGGCUAUGAAGACUCUGGUUUCUGAGGUUGUUGUUCCUAAUAAUUCGCUGUUGAGACAGGUUGAUCCUGGCACACGAUUGAUAGACGCACUGGAGAUGAUGAAGCAAGGUGUGAGACGUCUUCUUGUUCGAAAGAGUGUUGUAUGGAAAGGCAUGAGUAAGAGGUUCUCAAUUCUUUAUAAUGGGAAAUGGCUCAAGAACCUUGAUCCAUCUUAUAGCAGUGGCAACAACCUCAUUGCUAAUGCAAACUGCCUAUCCUCAUCAUCCACCUCCUCUUCCCAGGACAAGUUCUGUUGUCUUUCUAGAGAAGAUGUCAUUCGUUUUGUAAUCGGUUGUCUUGGUGCUCUUGCUCCCCUUCCUCUUUCUUCUAUCUCCUCUCUUGGAGCCAUCAACCCAAACUACAGCUCCAUUGAAGCCUCCCUCCCAGCCAUCGAGGUCACUAAUAAGUCGCCUGGAGAUCCCAGUGCUGUUGCGGUUGUGGAGCCUACCCUAGAUGGUCAGUAUAAAAUUAUAGGAGAGAUCUCAGCUUCAAAAUUAUGGAAAUGUGAUUAUUUAGCUGCAGCAUGGGCGUUAGCCAAUCUUUCGGCUGGACAGUUUGUGAUGGGGGUAGAGGAUAACAUGACCCCAAGAUCCCUUCCUGAUUGCUCUGUUAAUUCACCGGUGGGAGAAGAUAAUACAGCCAGUGGGUUUAGUUCCCCAAGACCUAGAAAGUUCUGCAGCAGGAGCAUCGGAUUUAACCCUUCUAGUCCAAGCUUCAGUAUCAGCAGGACAUCAAGUUUUGGUAUCAGCAGGAGUAUGUACAGGGGCAGAAGUGCUCCACUGACAUGUAAAAUUACAAGUUCAUUAGCUGCAGUCAUGGCUCAAAUGCUGUCUCAUAGAGCAACUCAUGUGUGGGUGACAGAAGAUGAAAGCGAUGAUGUUUUAGUUGGUGUCGUUGGAUAUGCCGACAUCUUGGCCGCUGUGACAAAACAACCUGCUGCUUCAAAUCUGGGAAAUCGAUCUUAUGAAGGGUUUGCAACUGAAAUUCAAUCUUGAAUUAUUCAAUUUUUCUGUUUAGCCAAUCUGCGACUUCAUGCCUUAACUAUAAAGAAGAUUUUGUUCUGGGCUUUUAAAUAAUACUAUGCUUAGUAACUUUGAUUGUCAUAUAUCGACAUAUGAACCAAUUAUAAUGUUGUGUGCUAUUUGUAUGGUGAUGUUAUCUUCUCA